CAUUUUACUCUGAUUAUGAAACUACCAGUAUUGACUGUCUGCAUUAUUCCUGUUUUCAAUAACGGCCAAUUUAUUGGCCCUUGUAACUGCAGAUGCGACGACGAAAUUUCAAUCUUAAGAGACCAAUUUUUAUCGUCAUACAAACAUAGUGCGAACGCUUAGCUUGUGUCCACAAUCAAAUUAAUUUCGAGAAUCAAUUAUUUAUUCUGUCAAUGGAGAACAAAAGGCAUUGAAGGAAUCGACAACUUGCUGACGUCACGCAUUCCGAGUCAUUACUGUGUUAGUCAAGUUUGAGCGGGCUUCAUUUAAUUUACGAUUUUCUAACAGAGGGAGGAAUAUUCACGCAAAAUCGCUUAUUGAAGGAGGCUGUGAGGUAAUUCUGGGGCCCUUUUUUGUGUUACAAUCGUCUGUAUUUCCCUAGAAAAGAAAAUGGACAAGAAUUACGCGUUAGCCAUUUCUGUGGCAAUUGCCGUUUUGGUACCACUUUGUGUUUCGCACGUAAAAGCUGCUCCUUUGAACGAGACUGUGGUUUCAGCAAAUGUAUCGUCUGUGAACACGACAUCAAGCAAUGGAAACUCUACUCUGCAGAAUUCAACAGCUGUUAACGCAACUACAUCGUGUAAUGCAACGAUUUCAAACUGUACGACGCAAAACUCAACUUUGCAAGCCAACGCAACUAUGAUCCACAUCAAUUUGACGGAUAUUUGCUCACCAAAUAGGACACAACUGCUUCCUUCGUGCAAUGGCACUACGUUGAAUCUUACCAAACACUGCGAUACGGUGAAGGCGGGUAAUCUGUCAGUCGUUUGUCGAAAUGUUAGCGUUAAUAGUUCCACAAGCCUCUCUGCGGUUUCCAACACAACGCAAUCUCCCGCUACAUCGAAUGUUACAAAUAAUUCCGGGAAUUAUUCAAUUGUGAACGUAACAUCUUCGAUUAACACGACCGCAACUGCUCCACCAGCGAAAAACCCGAACGCAACUUCGACAAAUCAAACACUUAUGUCUGCGGCUAAUGGAACAUCGACACAGAACGUUACAGAAGUAAAAUCUAACACAACGUCUCCCGGGACAUCUCCAAACUCGACUGCUUCGACCAACAAUUCCACAACAAAUGGAACCGUUGCUACCCCAACCUCAAUUCUGAACGCCACACAUGUAAAUACUACAGAAACGUCGAUCACAAGCGCAAAAGAAACAAGUACAAAAUCCAUAACAACUACACAGGAAUCAACUUCGGAAGCGACAACUACACAGCCUUCUACGGCAGGUACUACAACGAAAGAAUCGACAACUGAGAAAACUUCAGCUUCUACGACAGAAUCUUCUCCUCCGAGUACAAUAGGAAGUACGACGAAAGAAAGUACUACGGAAGAAAGUUCAACGAAAGGAAGUACAACGAAAGAAAGCACAACACAAACUACUACAAAAAGUACGACGAAAAAGGAGACAGUGAAGACCGUUGAGACCACUACAACAACACAGGAAAAAUCUUCCCAAACAUCGAGUGAAGACGAGUCUUCCACUGGUCAACACACAAUGCCAUCUCCUCAAGAUGAUGAAAAGAACGUGCAAUUUUUCUACGUAAAUGUGCUCAUUCCAGUUGGUGCUGGAGCAUGUGCUGCUCUUCUCAUCGCAUUCUUGGUUGUGCUGUGCAGAUGUUGCCGCAGGAGGAAAUUAAAGAAAGUUCGCUACUUUGGAAAGGCACCAGGCCAUCUAAACAUGGACGAGUUAAAUUUGCUCUCACCUUCCAGUGAUGAGGAAUGAUGCACUUACUGCAGCAAUACUAAACAGUUGGAAGGGACUUUUACAGACCAGUCCUCCAGAGGUGCAAAAGGACUGUUUUAAUAAAUGUACAUUUGAAUCAUCAAAUAGAUGAAAGGAGAAGAUUGUAAGCUGUUACACAGACAUGUUACAGAAGGACAGAAAGUACACAGCAAAGAAAGCUAGCAGCUAUGCGUUGUGGAAUUAAUCUUAAAAGCUCACCGUGAGGUAGCGUACAUACAGAGGUUCUUGAGGAACAAGAAAAUUGCAAAAGGAAAGUAAAGCUUUUCAAUUUGGGUGAUUUGGGCUAAUGACAGUGGAGUGGAAUGCAGCGGCAUUAAAGAGAACCUCCUGUAAAGAUUUCAUUUAAGUUCACUCUGGGGCGUGAUUGAUUCUGAUAGUAACAGAAGUCACCCCCAAAAAGCAACAGUCUUGCUUCGAGUUGGCACUUUAGUUUAGAUGCUCUCAGACAUGUUCUGAUUGAAAAUAUACAAAAGCUGGAUGCACAGCCAAGUCUGAUUUUAUUUCUUCGUCUAUGCUCACUUUUUCACUUAAAUUGUGUCACUCCCAUUUAAUUUUGGCUUUGUAUACAUGUCUGAGAGAAUCAAAACAACCAACUUGGCUCAAGUCAAGGUUUGCCCAUUGCUUUAAUGUACCACUAUUUGACGCAUCUUCAUGUAUUUCAUGUUAAAUAUCGGCAGCAAAUAAUUAUUUGGGCUUAUUUUAAGUUUACCGUAUAAGAUGGUUUACACCAUUUUCUUAUAGUGAUUAGAAUGAUUAGUUGAUAUUGGUUGUGCAUGGUUUCUCAGCGCAAUAUUCUUAGCCUUGAGAAUUCAGUUGACAAGUCAGAAAUAUACAUGAUUGUUGAGCCGAUCGAUUUAAUUAAAUUUUAUCCACACUCUUUUAAGGACAGUGCCUAAUAAAUACAAAGGUAUUUCCCUAAAUUGGGACUCACUCUGGAAAAAUGUCGUAACUAACAGCUAGUUUUUUUCAGCUGGAGUGGUUAUCAGUUAGUGGUUAGUGAUAUGAUGCUAUUCUGGUGUUCCUAGUUUAGUACAGGUUCAUUAACUUGAUUUGGUCAUAGUAGGAAAUUUUUGCUUUCAUUGAAGUGGCACACUAACUAGCAUAGUAGAUUUUGUCAAUUUCAGCUCUCAGCUCUCACAUGGCAUUUGAACCAUGUCUUGUAUGAUGCGCAGAACGUAUGCGCACUAACAAAAGUAGGCACUGUCCCUAAAAUAGUUAUAAUAUUUAUGAUAGUUAAAAUAGUCAUUAUCGUUAUAAAAUAGUUGAAAAUGUUGAAGGGGUAACUUUGGGUUUGUUAUUUAUUAAGGGGGAGCAGCAUGUAUACGUGCUUGUUUUUAAAUACUUAUUGAAGGUUGAGGAAGCAAUAAAAUAGGGGGACUGGAGGUGGGAAGAAGCCAGCACUAGCAAAUAGACUACCCCAACACAAAAUCACUUCAAGUUUGGGUUAGUCUAUUUUGCUGUCAAUGUAUCAUUAGGCAAAAUCUAGUGAUUUAGAAUGUUCAGCAAAUCGACAUUUGUCCUCUCUUACCUCAAAUUCACUAAUCUUCUUCAUACAAAUUCCAAAAAUUCUCCAGAAUUUCUUUAAAAUGUAUGCAAGCUACCGUGCUCUUGCUCCAGGGGGGCAAGAAAGAUAGACCGUGGGAGAAAACCUGCUUAUCCUCAAAGAUUGUUAUGUAAAGACACUUUUCAGGUACAUGCUCGGCCAAGAACUAGUAGCCUAUUUUCCUGGAAGUAUUUUAUUUGUUGCCAGGCAAUCUGGACUGACAGACGCAUUCGAAAGUAAUUCAUAAUAAUAUGAGACCCUCUCACCCAUCCACUCUUUUCUAAGUUACCUGUGUGUUAAUUUAUCUGUUUUUUUAACAAAAUUUAUUUGCAAAAUUUACCUCUCUUGAUUGAAAUUGGUGCUACAAAAGUGAUGCAUUUCCAAGACUACUCGAUGGUAAUGAUACAUGUAAACCAGGCCUCAUUGGUCCACAUUUGAAAGCAUUGUGGCCUCUUUUCGGCCCAAACUGCAUGAAGACCAGAACCCGUAGCUGAGAUAUUUUGAACUGAGACAUGUUAUUAAAAUUUUAGAAAAAAACAACACGGAAGACGAGAGAGAAAUUUUAUUGUGUGUGUGUUUGUGAUUUUUGUUUUUUUUUUCUGAGAAUUAUCACUUGCCUUCCGCUAUCAACAUCUAUCGGAGGUUUUAGAGUUAUGCUAUGAAUAAAUAAAACUUUUUUGUUGAGUUUAAUUAAUAAAAAAAAAUCCUGAA